AUGAAGCGCCGCUUCAAGAUUGCAGCUACUGAGAGCGCAUCCUAUCCAACUUCUUACGCGUCUCAACAAGGCUUGUCGGGCCUCUUUAUCGAUCAUCUGAUAGAGCAAUCUGUGGAAAGUGCUUUGCUUUACAAUGAGUUUUCUGUGUUGAAGAUUCAUGAUCAUCGUAACUACUUCGAUACCAUCCAUCCAAUCUAUCCCUUCCUUGACCAGGAUGAGUUUGAACGGAAAUCGCUGGACCUUAAAUUGCACCAAAUUCUUGAAGCUGACAGCUCUUUCGCUGCUCUUUAUUAUACUGUUCUUGCACUUGGAUGCCAGCAUAAUGGAGGGGGCUCAUUUGAGCCUGGACAAGGCCAAGCCUGGCAACUGUUUCGCUUUUCUCUAGGGAAAGUGGCCAGCAUGCUGGUCUUGACACCUUCGUUGACAAGUCUUCAGGCGCUUACUGCAAUGGUACAUGACCAAGUCAAAGACGAUUAA